UGUUGUGUUUAGUUUGUUCCAUGUUUGAACGUGUUCGUUUUUUAGUAAAUUUCGUUGAUUAUUGUUAAUUCCAGUAAGAUUUAAUCUCGCACAGCUAAACUCGAUUCGAAGCAAACCGAAAUACCCAAGAAAAGGAAGGAUAUUCGUUGAAUGCCAACAGAUUGCACAAUUCGCUUAAGUAACAAUUGAAGAUCAACAAUGAGAAAAAGUUUAGCUCCAAGUCAGUUGGCAAAGAAUGGAUCUCCGAAUACAAAGAGAUUCAAUCCACCUUCAGUUCUCAACAUAUCCAAUGGCAGAACUAAAAGAAAAUGCACAGAAGAUACAAGUGCAAAAGAACCUGAUGCAGUGCAGGAAAUGUUCACCACAAAUUAUGAGGAAAUCAUCCAGAAGUUGAAGAAACCAUUCAAAGUACCAAUUCCCAAUUACAUUGGAUGUCAUUCAAUGAAAAAUUUGGGUAUGAGGAAAUCACAACCUCGGAGACCACUCUAUGAUCCUGGUAUACCAAAUGCUUUGAUCCUCUACAAUCCUCCAGAGAUGUCUGAGAAGGACAAGAUGAUAAAUAAGGACAAAAUUCUAGUACAUGUUGUGGUGGAUCCUGUGCUUGGGAAUAUAUUAAGACCACAUCAGCGGCAGGGUGUAAAAUUUAUGUACGAUUGUGUGACCGGCGUGCAAAUCGAUGGUACGUUUGGUUGCAUAAUGGCCGAUGAGAUGGGUUUAGGAAAAACGUUGCAAUGUAUUACGCUGCUCUGGACUCUGUUACAACAAAGUCCUGAAUGUAAACCUACUAUAGACAAGGCUAUUAUAGUGUGUCCUAGUUCUUUAGUAAAGAAUUGGAGUAACGAAAUCACGAAGUGGUUGGGUGGUCGUCUUUGUUCUCUGAUGAUGGAUGGAAGCGGAGAUGCUAAAAAGAAUUUAACGCAAUUCAUGCAAGGGCAGGGAAGAACUGCUAUAUCGUUGCUCAUCAUUUCGUACGAGACGUUUCGGAUGCACGCGGAGAUUUUGCAUUCAAGAGAAGUCGGGAUGGUGAUGUGCGAUGAGGGACACCGUCUCAAAAAUUGCGAGAAUCAAACUUAUAGGGCGUUGAUGGCGUUAAAAUGCAAGAGGCGUGUCCUUCUCAGCGGAACGCCCAUUCAGAACGAUCUAACCGAGUACUUCAGCUUGAUACAUUUCGUGAACGAAGGGCUGCUUGGCAGUGCGCAGGAAUUCAGGAAGAAAUUCGAAAAUUACAUUAUCAAAGGUCAGGAUGCUUGUGCCUCGGUUUCUGAGAGGAGGGAGGCUCAACGUUGUCUGUUAGAGCUCUCGAAUAUCGUUAAUAGGUGUCUAAUUCGAAGGACUAGUGCUCUGCUAACAAAGUAUUUACCUGUAAAGUUCGAGAUGAUCGUGUGCUGCACGUUGACGCCGAUGCAGCGUGAGAUUUAUAUGAACUACAUCAAUUCAGAGUCUGUGAGGAGGACGGUGCGAGAGAAUGACGGCGAGUCGAAGAACUCGCUGAGUACGUUGGCGGGGAUCACAAGUCUGAAGAAGCUUUGCAAUCAUCCGGAACUGGUGGCGGAUAAAAUCAGGGAGGGAGCGGAAGGGUUUGAGAAGAGCAGACAUUUACUGCCACCAGCAGGCGAUGUUCGGCCCGAAUUCUCCGGGAAGGUGAUGCUGCUUGACUGUCUUCUCGUCAAUCUGAAAACGAACUACGACGAUAAAAUCGUGCUCGUAUCGAAUUAUACGCAGACUCUGGAUCUGUUCGAGAAGUUGUGCAUGAAGCGGAGCUUCAAGUACGUGCGGCUGGACGGGACGAUGACCAUUAAGAAGAGGGCGAAGGUCGUGGAGAGUUUCAACAAACCGGAAUCGCCCGAAUGGAUUUUUAUGCUCAGCUCGAAGGCCGGUGGGUGUGGUUUAAAUUUGAUCGGGGCCAAUAGACUGGUCAUGUUCGAUCCCGAUUGGAAUCCUGCGAAUGAUGAUCAGGCGAUGGCGCGCGUCUGGAGGGAUGGUCAGAAGAAACCCUGUUUCAUCUACAGAUUCCUUGCGACUGGAACGAUCGAGGAAAAAAUAUUUCAGAGACAAGCUCACAAGAAAGCUCUGAGUUCGACUGUGGUGGACAACAACGAGGAAACGAUGAGGCAUUUCACCGCCUCCGAACUGAGGGAGCUGUUCAUCCUGGAGAAGACAAAUUCGGAUACGCACGACAGGUUGAAAUGCAAGAGGUGCAUCACUAAUAUCCAGAUGACAAAUCCACCUGAGAAUGCCGAUUGCACCUCUGAUUUGAGCAACUGGUAUCACGCUUGGGACAAGAAGUCUUUGGCCGAUAUUGUAUUGAAGGAAAUCUGGGAUUUGGCCAAACACAUUUCGUUCGUGUUCCAUCAGAAAUCGGCGAAGGUCGAGGUGAAAUCCGUUAAAGUUGAUGAUGAGGGCAGCGAAGCGACAAGCGAGGAAUACGAUUUAUGAUUCAAUGUUAUAUGCAAGUAUUCAAUAGUUUCCUCAAUCUGAAUACAUGAAUUCCAAUUACAAACACUCACAUAAUUCUUUUAGUUCUGUCAUUGGAUAUGUUGAGAACUGAUGGUGGUUUGAAUCUCUUUGUUUUCGGAGAUCCAUUCUUUGCCAGCUGACUCGGAGCUAAACUUUUUCUCUCUCAAAAAUAAAAUGCAACUGACAUUUUUUUGUUGAUAUUCUUUAAAUGCUCCAAUCGUUACUAACCAUUAUUGAUUUUCAAUUGUUUCUUAAACGAAUUGUGCAAUUUGUUGGUAUUCAACGAAUAUCCUUCCUUUUCAUAUACAUGUAUAUAUA